ACUCAAGAAAAUAAUGACGCGCGUCUGAAUCUAGUUGAUGAUCCCAGGUGUAGAUCGUGCAAGUCGACUACUGCAGAAGUCACAGCGUAAAUCGGGAAGGAGUGGACGUGCCUCUCUUCAGUUCGUGCACGACUCUUGCCUCCGCAGUACACUGCUGGAUAGCGCUCAGUACAGUCAGUCUGCGCCGGGACGCUUCACGCACGCACCAGUGACCUGCCAAUGCGACGCAUCUUACUCUCAAAAGGUCUCGAACGCUACACCGCAGCGAAGAGCAUGGGGAAUUCACUGCGGACUCAUUGAUAAAGAAUUGCCACUGGAAUUAAAAUGAACAAUUCGUCCUGUAUGUUCCUUUGCAGUAUCCAUUUAGUAUAGUCUAUUUGUUUAUGACACUGUAGGAAACCGAAGCAUGGCGGGUACCUUAUCUUUGGUGAUGUUGUUUGGAGUGGUUGGGGUGUUGGUGGCUUCUAAGACGGAGCGGGCGGUGCAGGUGCCCUGUGACUCAGGCCAGUACACCAAGGGUGGAGAGUGCUGCGAGGUGUGCCCACCUGGAGAAGGGGUGGUGAGGAGGUGUGGUGCCAACCAGACCGUCUGCGCCCAGUGCCUAGACAGUGAGACCUACUCAGAGACCUACAGCCACACAGACACCUGUAUCCCCUGCACCAUGUGUACAGGUCUGAUGCGCAUGCAGACGCCCUGCACUGACUCCAACAAUGCCAUCUGCGUGUGUGACUACAACUACUACCUGAAUGAGGUGUCUGGGCGCUGCGAGCCCUGCACGGUGUGCCCGGCGGGCCAGGGCGUGUUGGCACACUGCGAGCACAACCACGACACGGUGUGUGAGGAGUGUAUAGACGACACCUACUCUGACCGGGACAGCUCCCUGGACCCCUGCCUGCCCUGCACCAUAUGUGAUGAGGGCAUCGAGGUGGAGCUGAGCGCCUGCACCCCCGUCAGCGACUCCUUCUGCCAUAAUCCUCUCCUCCCGUCCUACACUUCUCCCACCUUUCCUCUGGACCUGUCUUCCCCCUCUUUCACAGACAUCUUCCCACCAGACAGCUCCAGCAGCCCCUCCCCGGGGGGAGAGAGCACCACGGCCCAGCCCAGCCCUCACUUCAUCAGACCGGGCUUCAACGAGAACCUCAUCCCCAUCUACUGCUCCAUCCUGGCUGCUGUGGUGGUGGGGCUGGUGGCCUACAUCGUCUUCAAAAGGUGGAACAGCUGCAAGCAGAACAAACAGCCGGCUAACAACCACCAAGCCACAGCAGCCAAUCAAACGGUGACGCCGGAGGGGGAGAAGCUGCACAGCGACAGCGGCAUCUCAGUGGACAGCCAGAGUCUGCAGGAGCAGCAGCAUGCAGCCCAGGUCCAGACACAGACACACAGACAGGAACAGAUAGUGGUGAGGGUGGAUGGGGGACCUGACUCACCUCCCCCCCAGGUCUGAGGAAGAGGAGAAGCCGCUGACAGGAAGGAGGAAAAGGAGGAGAGGGGGAAGUGGGGUUGCCAUGGAAACCUUGAUGUGGGAACGGACAUAAAGUAUAAGAGUAUAAGAGUACAGACUGAGUGGGCUUCUUGGAUACAACAAGGAAGUUGACGACAUUAUCGCCCCUUUUCACCAAGGGUGGCCACUGGUUUCUGACUGGACUCUUGUCCCAGUAUGGACCCUUAUUGGACAGACUGGAGCACCAGAGGCUAUCUGAUGCUAUCCCAGUAUCUCUACACAGAACCCAACUCUGCCAGUGUGUCUUUGAACACUAAACCUCUCCGCCAGUACCAACCCUAACACCAACCCUAACACCAACGCCAAACACCAACCCAAAACCAAACCCUAACACCAACCCUAAUACCAACUCUAACACCAACUGUCUGCCUCAAGUCACUAAAGUUACAAUAUCACUACCACCCAUAAUCCAAGAAGCAUCACUGUGUUAGAUAUCCUGGUCUCCGUCUUUUCUGUCAGCUGGUGAGGACCAAUCAUUAUGAAAAGUGUGUUAGUAUGUUAUCCCAUGAAGGAGUUUCAUCCUGUGUCCCCAUAAGUUCACUGCCAACUUCCUUUGACCAUUUGCUAAAAUUAUUAUUCAUCCACCCCCUGGUUCCCCCCUACUCACUCAAAUUAUCAAAUGUUUGUGCCUCAGAGGUAGAUAAACUCUCUGUCCCCUCUCUCCCCUUGUCUGUACUCUCUCUCUCUCUCUCUCAGCGUGUAACUAUCUGUCCCUCUUUCCAUCCCUCCAUCUGUACUUAUCCUAUCCUAGUGUGUUCUCAGGGCAAGUCCUGCAGUAGUCUCUCAGUGACUCCGUCACACCUCCAGACUGUCUUCUCAGACCUCAGCAGUAGCAGCUUGUUGUAAUCCUCCAUGUGAACCUGUCUGAUAGUAUCCCACUGUUAUCUAUUCAACACAACUCAGUGGGGGAACGGUUAUGCUGCGUUUAGAUGGUACGAGGUAGACGGCGUCCGGAUGUCAUUGUUUUCAAUGAGAGCACGACGGUAAAUGCCGUUGAGGUCACGGUAGACGGGACAUGCCACCAGAGUGAAAAUAUUUAAACUUUUGUUGUCUGUCGUAGCGUUGUUUUCUACCAGAUGUUGAUUUGCACUGUUUGUUUACCAAAAUCACCAUAGCAACACAUACCGUCGUGCUGGCUUGCUUUCUUCUUGUAUGAUGGUUUCUGCGUCCCUCGUCUAAAUGCAGCAUUAGUCGCCCAUUCCAAAAUCUCCUAUCCUUUUUCUUUACCACAGACACAGACAUUCCUAAGGUGUACAGGGACGGACACAUUUGUGUUGUUGUUAUACUGUUGCCUCUGAUUACUGCUCUCCUAUUCUCAUUGGCUGUGGAUCAUUCCAUCAUUCUGUCACCGCAACAUGAUACACCAUCCCUCCUCUGUUUUCUGACACACUUGACUCCUUUUCUCCAUCCAACAUGGACUCCAGGAUUCUGUUGGAAUGAUUCAUGCUUUGAAUGUAACAGAUUCUAGAUGUUUCUCUCAUGUCUGUUUGUGGCACAUCUGCCUCUCUUAGUGGUUUGAGUUACAAGGCCUCCUCAGCAGUGCAGCUCCAUUACCCCAGGAGCUGUGAUAUGCAAUGUGAGGAGCAUUUUUGGACUAUUUAACAUUCCUGACUCAUUGACCUGACGCAUAAUGUGAUGUCCAACUGCCAAAAAUGGAACUGUGACAUCAUCAGAAAGAGGCUCUGCAGUAUCAGUAUUCGAGGCUGUUCCAUGGUAGCCUGACGAGAGUUGUCUAGAAAUAGUAUACAGAGUUUAUAUACAAACACUGUAUAGUAGGCUAUACUCAAGACUCCCCUUAAUUAUCCAUUAUAUUGUACUUGCUAAGGAGUGGAGACAUGGGACACUCGUCAGAGACUUCCAUCUCACUGAAAUAAACACAAGCACUUGCACACACACACUCACGUGCAGAUAUGUGUGUGUGCUAAAGAGUGUGCGGUGGCGCUAAUGUGUCUGCUGCGGUAUGGUAUGGUAGGGGUAUGGGUGUAAACACAGGGGCCAUUAGGGAGACAUUCCUGACAAGCAGGUAUAAUUACCUCAGGGUUUCAGGUUCAUUUAGCUUCACUCAGUCAGCUGGCUCUCAUCUGAAUCCCUCUGUUAUGUACUGCACAGAGACAUACAGAACGCUUUUAAAGUGGCAACAAUGUGACAUUACCAUUACUCACCUCUCAUGUGUCUGAAAGAGCAGUGACAUUUUACUGUAUCACAAUAGUGAUCUGAAGCAUACUGAAGCAUACGCAGCAUACUGAACACGCAGUAGGUAUUAGAUGUUAGCAAUGUAGCUACGCUUACUGUAACUGUACUGCUUUGAAGUCCAGGUUUGAUUCCCAGGGACAUGUGAUUACUCAGGGUCCCUUUGGUGUGGUUUGGUGCUUGAAUGUAGAUGUAGGUAGAUAGCAAAGUAGAGAUAUUAGCAGAGAUACUUUUGUGUCUGUGUGAGAGAGAGAGAGAGAGAGAGAGAGAGAGAGAGAGAGAGAGAGAGAGGUAGAGAGAGAGAGAGAGAGAGAGAGAGAGAGAGAGAGAGAGAGAGAUAGAGAUAGAGAGAGAGAGAGAGAGAGAAUCUGGCAUAGCAAAGAUACAGCAGGGAAGACGCUCUCAUAGUAGUGAGUUUUGAGGCUUUUGAAUAGAAAACAGACCAACACAGCCACACUAUAUUCCCCCUGGGGGCCUCUUUCUCCUUGUGACAUAUCCAGUGGCUUCACACACACAGUGUUUCACACAAUAUUAUUGACAGCAGUGUGAUUCAUAUUGCUCCACAAUGGAAGUGCAGUAGGACCCAGUGGACCAACAGAUUGGCAUAAUACCACUGACUAACAGGAGGGAUUGUCAUCAACGACUAGUGAACAACUGAACCUUUCACUGUGGCUGGCGGCCCCACGGGCUCAAUCUAACACUGUGCUGUCUCACAGGUGAAUAGAGGUGUCAAUAUAGAAUCUACAGUAUGACUCAAUCUGUACUGUUCCUCCACAGCAGGGGACACUGGUAGAGUGGAUGAAGAUAAUAUAAGAAUGUAAAGCUGAAUAACGUUACAGACAUAAAUAUGCAAAACAUUCAAUAUUCUUCUAUUGUUUUUGUUAUGAAUAUUAUUCUCUUUUUUGAAAUCAGUAUUUUUUUGUAAACGGUUUCUUGUUUUAGCACUUAUUAGAUGUAAUAGGCACACUCAAAGACUGUGCUAUACAAGUGCCUGUGUACAGAGUCAGGUGUCUUUGAGUUCUGUUCAGAACACUUCUUCUUCUUCUUCUUCUUCCGUUUGUAUUCUGACUUGUUGUAUGAUCUGUGUUUUGUUUCAUCAUUUGAGUGUUAAUGAAGGUUUCAGGAAGUAUAGGCCAUAGGUUAAAACGUACUACUAAUGUUGUUGAAAUCCAUAUAGCAUCAUCUACGUACAUGCCAUCUGCUGUGGUCCUAUUUUACCGACCACAAUAUACUCUACCUACAGUGCAAAAGUGGCAAUAUGUGAUGAGCAUGACCAGUAUGUUUUUACAUGUUCAGUUUGUCCAGAGGUUGUGGACAGACAUGCCAUGUAUGAGGAGGAUUCACUGUGAUUCUCUAUGGUAAUAUCCAAGAUAUAAUAAAUCCCCACAGAAAUUUCAGCCCCCCCC